AUGGUCGGCUAUGCCAGUCAUGCCUCGACAAUCAAGAGUUCGAACCGAACCAAGGCCUCCGGGCUUAGGGUAAAGACUAACGUGACCGGAUUCGGAACUUCUCAUGGAAGGAACCGGGCAAUUGCAUCGACCGACUGGCGAGGGAUGGCCUCGGCAACGUCAUCCUCUGGUGCCAGCGUUAAGAGACACACCCUGGCAAAAGUCAAGCACGGCUCCGGAGAGAGCGAGAGCUCAUUUUCUUCCCUCUUGCCGGGAACGGAGAAGCAGUCAUCGAGCCAUAUCCAGUACCCUGGCCAUCUGCCCUCUUCGCCAUCUACCCUCGGGCCGGAUCCAGACGAGGUGACCAUUGUUCAGGUCAAGCAGGUCAACCCCAUCGUCGUGACCGUGAAGGGCCAAGAGAUUUCGCUACCCAAUCGGCUGUACUUCGAGGUUCUGCCUGUGGAUCCUGAUGCACUCGACGAACAUACGUUGCCAUACGCAGUGCUAGGGGAGUUGAGGCGGCUUCGACCUCCUGUUAGUCUCCGGCAGGUGCAGUCGGAAGACUCACAAAGUCUGCUAGACAACCUUCAAGUCGCCAUCGCUUCUGAUCAGGACAGCGCCAGCCCGGUCACCUCGUCUCUUCGGAACGGGGACACCGUCUUUUCUGACAAAACGGACCGUCUAGACUCCGCCAGCAGUAGCGAACCAAUCGUCGAAAACAAGAUCGACCAUGCGCUAACACAGCCUUCACCAGAGGAGGAGGCUCGUUUCCAGGGGUUGCUAAGCCGUUUGCAGAAGAACGCAGACCAACCGCCGCAGCCCUGUCAGGCAGCUAAUUUACCAAAUUCUCUCGGCCAGAUCAAUGACCCUGCCAUCGUCGCAAUCAAGGUCAAGCAGAGGGUAGGGACGACGGAAAAAAGUUCUGACGGCGAAACGCAGAAUGCCGGCUCAAGUCGAGUCUCUAAACCUCAGCCCAUCCACGUGCGGAUGACAGCACAUGAACUUUUUGCCAUGUUAGCCCGCUCGAGCACGAGUGACGAUGCAAGGAGCAGUUCUAUCAGCCAAAGGGCGAAAGAACCCUCGACUGCGACGGACGACAGCCAGACAAAACGGUUGAAUCCUGCAGCAGCCGAGUUCAAAUCAACCAAGGGCGGUGACGUUCCCUGGUUCACGCCCAAGAAGAUGUCCCGGACACCACUGACAAACAUCUUCCCUGAUGCUAUCUCAAACCAUGAUUCGCUGGAGCCGAGCCUUCUAGUGGGAACAGCCCUUGUACCGGAGCUUAACCAACAGCAAACGGUAGGAAGAGUGGAUGCUGGGCCGACACCCAGCAGUUUGGCGUCCCUUGAAGCCCAGCUAGCUGCCUCGCAAACAGUCUUGUCGCCCCCUGGGCUCAACAUCGCCGCUACCGGUGGCUAUCCGGGUUCAUUACCUCCGACGAACCCAAUCAUUCGGCCCAUUAUCACACCGCUGCCACUUCAUGCCACGUUAUCUGCGGCAACCACCUCGUCGAGCCCUGCGUUCACCAACUAUGGAACUUAUCCGUCAGCAACUAUAUCGAAUGCUCCGAUCAGUGUUCCGCACUUGAGCCUGCCGACUGCCCCCAGCCUUGGAAUGAACACCUUCCCCUUCGUUCCAGUUACCCCUGCCAUAACCAUGUCUGGACUGUGCCAAUCCACAACGGCAAGCUCCAACCCCUGGAUUGCGCCUCUCGGUGCGGGACAAACCUCGCAGCCUCUUCAUCUGCAGCAACAGGACCAGAACCAGCAACCCCAACCGCAACUCGGUCUUGGGCUCGGGGGUAACACGGGCAGCAAGCCGGCUCUGGCCCGGCCGUACUUCCCCGUCACUCAGAAACCGCGCGAUCACGACCCGGUCAAGCAGCAAUUGUACGAAGCGUACCUUGAGUGGCGCAAGGCAAAUGAGCCGGGAUACCACUUGAAGUGCAAAAUGCGUCAGGCCCAUCGCGUCGUCCGCCAAUUCCAAAAGCAGCAGCAACAGCAACAUCAAGCACAGGAGCCGAAGCAUGAGCAGGGCAAACCUGCUGGCAGUCACGACAGGAGUGGCCAGACCCCAGAUCCCGGCAGCAACCGUGAAAGUAACAAUACCAAUGACAACUCGGCGGCUUCGUGGAAAGAGAUUGCCGAGCGGGCUAAGGCUGCUGUGGGGAUGGCAGCGGCAGCGGCGGCGGCUGAAAAGAACGCCCGCCUGGAAAAGGUGCGGGAGGAGCUCAGAGCUAAGGUGCGGCGGAAGUGUGUUGCUUUGGCGGUGCAGUCAUCGGAUUCGGAUGGGAGUGCUGAUGGUGCUGCUUCUGCUGGUGCUGGGAAGGUGGAGUGA